CGAUCGCUUCAUCGUUCCAAGUGGAUUGGUCAAUCAGAUAUAGCGACAGAGAGAGUCACGGAUGAUAGAUUGGCUAUCGCUGCUUCCAUCACCUUGCGUUUCGAAGCAACAGUAAGGAAAUGGCGGGACCGAGAUCCGGUUCCGGCCGAACCCGUAAAUCCACGCUGGCAUCCCGACGGAACAAUUCCCAACCCCACACUACGCACAAAAGAGCCCGCCCAACGCUCAAUCUUGCCGCAUCCGUCGAUGAACACAUUGAUUCUGACGAAGAGGAGCACUUCGAAGAUCGCUUGGAAGGUCGGGAGCCGUCCUUAGAAGACGAACAAUCCGAAGAAGAGGAAAAUGUUGAAGCCAAACGAGUUCGGAUGGCACGGGAAUAUCUCGAACGCAUGGAUCAACAGUCCGACAGUGACGACACUUCCGAUGAUGAUGAUAACGACAACGAUAGCGACCAGGACGAUGUACAGGAUGAUCGCGUGGCCCGAAAACUGCAACGCGUGCGACUCAAGCGCGAAGUAGCGGCAAUUACGACCCCGCGGCAGCAAGCCCAGGCAUGGAUUGCGGCGGGCCAUCAAAGACUACUGCGGGGACACGAUCUGACCCCCACUUGCGUCGCCCUUCAAUCGGACGGUGCCACCGCCAUUUCGGGAUCCAAGGAUCAUUCCGUCAUUCUUUGGGAUAUCGAAACCGCUUCACGGAAAACGCAUUUAUGCCCCGUGUGGAAGAAAGAAACCGCCGACAGCAGUAAACCACGUACCGUUGGGGAAGUUUUGUCCGUCGCCUGCUCGGACGAUGGUCGCUACGCCGCCGUUGGAUCCCGGGACGCUACUGUCCGUGUUUUUGACAUUCGUUGUCGCUCACAGGCACUUGUCCAAACCUUUACCGGGCAUAAAGGCGCCGUCACGUCCCUGGCCUUUCGGACUAAUUCACUGCAGCUCUUCUCCGGAAGCGACGAUCGCUGUAUACGACACUACAAUCUCUCGGAAAUGCUCUACAUCGAAACACUCUACGGGCACCAGUUUGGGGUCACCGACUUGGAUUGUCAUCGGGAUGAACGUCCCGUAUCGGUGGGUAAGGACCGGACCGCACGGGCUUGGAAACUGGCGGAAGACACACAUUUGAUCUUUCGGGGCGGCAGUAAGCUACCCUCCGCUUCCAGCGUUACGGUCGUGAAGGACGAUUGGUUCGUGACUGGACACGAAGACGGACACCUGGCUAUGUGGAAAACAGACAAGAAAAAGGCGGUGGCACAAAUUGCCAACGCACACGGCGACGACACGGAAAUUGUAGCGGUCCAAGCUUUGCCGGGCAGUGAUCUGGUAGCGUCGGGAUCGUACGACGGAUACGUUCGUUUCUGGAAGGCAUCAACCGGACGGACUUUGGCGGAACGGGGUCUGCAGGCUGUGGGCGAGAUUCCGUUGUUCGGGUACGUGAACGAUAUUGCCUUUGGUCCCAAGGCCCGCUUUUGUGUGGCUGCGGUGGGACAGGAACACCGUCUCGGUCGUUGGAAUCGAGUGGCCCAGGCCAAGAACCGCUUGGCUAUC